UAAAAGUGCGUUGCGUGAAAAAAAAAGAAAGAAUUCAAGUUUGUUUUCUAAAGCACUAGUUUUAAACAAACAUGAAAGAAAUUGUUUUGAAAGAGUUAUGUUAACUUUAAUAUCUUUCUACUGAUCCUAUUCUAUUUGUUGUUAGAAAAAUAAAACAAAUUUGGAGCAUGGACUGUUUUGUUAAUAAAACUCUAUCCAAGAUAAACUGAUGUAACAAGACCCUAAACGUUUUGUAAACACAAAAAGAACGGUAGCUAUCAAGAAGGAAAUAAAGCACUAGGGAAGGAAGUUGAGCUAGCACAGAAAGAAGGUUGUAUUAAACUGAAGAUGAAACUGUAUCAAAUCCUCAUCAUAACUUUCCAUUUUGUGGUAUUUCUACUUCAAAAUGUUUGUUUACAAAUGGAAAAAACGCAGGAGACACCAAGUGCUAACCGUGGUAAAUUUACAACUAAAAGUCCUGUGAAGAACAAGAGAAUGUUAAAAAUGGUAGAGCAGCGAUUUAUGAACUUUCUUGGCGUGAAAGGCGCUCCUACCAAAUCUUUAAACAAAGAACUGAAAGUACCCGAACAUUUACUGAAGUUAUAUUACAAAUGGUCGGAUGACAAUUUUAAAGAUUACGAUAAAAAUAAUGCAGACACAGCACGAGUUGUCUAUCACAGUAUUGAAGAAGAUAACGAUGAACGGAGAAGUUCACACAAGCAAAAGCUUCACUUUAACAUCUCAGAUAUUCAGCGAAAGGAGAAACUUCAUAGAGCCGAAUUACUUCUUUUUACUGAAAGACGUAACAAUAAAACCAAAACCAAAAAUCAUAUAUGUAUAUAUGUCAAUAAUACAAAUAACAUAAUCCACGAUCAUCCGAUAAUAAGGAAAAAACUUCCGGAUAAUAGACUUGGCUACGCGAGUUUUGACGUAACAUCGACGGUAAACACUUGGCUAAACAAAUCCAUCGAGAAUACAGUUUUAAACGUUAAAAUUAACGAAGAAGAUAACCAUCGAGUUCAUCUGCGACAACGGCGGGACGUCAGUUCUUAUGAAUGGCAUAAGAAACGUCCUUUGUUGGUCAUCUACACGCGGUCAGAAAACUUACGCGAUUCAAAGACAAAAAAGGAACGGAAAAGAAGAAAUGCUUAUCAUAUAAAACUUAAAGAUUACAAAAAACGUAAUGAAACGCAUCAAAGGGUGCGUAGAGAAACAUGUCGUUUGCGGUACUUAAGGCUUGACUUCAAAACAUUGAAUUGGAAUAAAUGGAUUGUGCUUCCAGUCGGCUAUAAUAUAAAUUAUUGCUCAGGUGUUUGUCCAAGACCUUUAGCACCUCACUUUAACACAACAAACCAUGCUAUCAUACAAAACUCUAUCAUAAGCUUGGAUCCAAGUCGAGCAUCUGCAUUAUGCUGCGUACCGACAAAGCUUAAAGAACAAGCCUUCUUAUACCUAACGAGUGAAAAUAAGCUGAUUCUCAAGAAUGCCGUACAAAUGACUGCAGAGUCUUGUGGCUGUCGUUGAUGAGAGCUCUGUGUACAACCUUCAUUUCUUAUAGGAUGCUCAAAUCAUGAAGAAAUAAUUCCUAUGUAUGAAAGUGAGUAAAAGAGAAAAGGACUUUAAAAAUCCAGAAAAUAAGCAAACAAAAAUAUAUUUAUUUUUAAUUUGAUACGCAUGUUAUAACAGUGUUAUGACCAAUCAAAACAGUGUUUUCGUGGCAACACCGAAAUAUUAAAUAUAUCACAGCAAGAUUUGGUACUAUUUUGACUUACAUAGCGUGGAAACAAAGUUGCUUUGUUUGCGUAAAGAAUAUUCACAAUAUUUAAAAAGAAAUUCACAAAAACACAGUAUACAUGUCUGUACAGCCUAUAAAUUUUAAAUACGAAUUUAUUGGAAUUUCGAAUGUAUCUGAAUGUCGACCUCCAAAAUGUGAGUUUCAUAAACAAAGAAUUAAAAAAUCUGUUCUGUAGAGAUAACAAGAAACGAUUAUGACUGAACAAAUGGAACAUUUACUAAGAAAGCGUGUGCUAUAACCACUUCUUUAGAGACUUCGCUAAAAUGACGAAAAAACUUCCUCACUCGAACAAUGAUAAUUUGCUUUGCGUUAAUCUACUGACAUUAUCUUUCUUAAAGUUUAUCAAAAUGUUUAUUUUACAAACCAGAUUUGAAAAUAGUCAUAAGUAUGGCUUUGGCGCAACCGACAAAGUCUCCCACCAAAAGCUUUGGUUUCAAGUGCAUGUCCAGUAGAGUUUUCGCACAUUUUUCUUUUUCUCUUUUACUGUUAUAAAUAAUUAUAUCGUUGUAAAGAUUAUAUUUUUAAAACUCCAGUAUUUAUUCGUAUUAAAGAAUUAGAUAUUUAGAAUGCUAAAA